AUGGAGAUGCAAUUGGCGGAGCUGAUAAAACGAUUCGCUCCCUCCAGUCCCCCUCAAUUCAGCCCCAUUCAGCAACAGCUCAACGCCCUCUAUUGUGAGUUGAUUUAAACGGCCUCUUCAGUUAUUAAAGACCCCGUUAUAACGCGUUAAAGUGGGUGGAAACACGAGAUAUCGUGAUUAAGAGAUUUCGACGGAGCUUUCGACAAGUUUGUUGAGGUUUGAUUUGGUCUUGAACAGGUUGUUACCGUAGAAAUAAAGUUUUCUUUUUGGUGACGAAAAUUUGGGAAGACGUCACAGAAAACUAAAAAUUUACUACAUUUAAAUCCAAAAUAUAAAUCAAGACCUUAUUUUUAUUCCAUUAUCUUCAGCAGUCCAAUGGCUCCUUCUUCAACGUCAAAACACCAUGUUUUCUCCCAUUUCUCCCUUCCUAAAUCCUCAAACAAUAUCACCCAAAUGUCAAGUUGAUCUUCCAAUAAAAGUAAGUGCAAGUUCAUGAAAAUAAAAACCUAUUUUCUCCUAAUAUUGCCCUCGCUAUGGCUAUUAUAAGAUCUCUGGGAAUAUUUUUUAUUUUUUGUGCAAAAUUGUUGAACUUCAUGGAGAAUAUAUUUUUGUUGAUAGCCAAAAUAGGUAUGGGGGAGAGCGGAACCCGCCGGAACUGUCUCAUAAUUCUCGAGGAGGAAACCGGCCAUUUUUUCGUCAAAAAACGCAACAAUUAGCCGGAGGGGGUUUGCGGAAAAUAACUGCGGACCGGGCUCACAUUCGAAGGGAGGUUGUUACAGUAAUAUUCGGGGGUGAUUUUGGGUCAUACUUAUGAAACUUUGACUUUUAAAUCUUUUAAAGUUUGCUUGAUGACAUCUAAAGUAAUAUAAUUUCAGAGCGAACCAACAUCGACUCGAUCGCCCACCUCUUUCUCCAUCGAUGAACUCCUCAAAAACGAAUCGCCCAGCUCUUCGCCUAAGGUAAAACACGUUGCCAAACAGCUCACAUUUAAUUCAAAAAUAUCAUUUCAAUGCAACUAAAAUAAUAUAAUUUCUAGGACCACAAUCCUUUCGACUCCUCGGACUUUAAAGAUUAUACAGUAGAAGAUCUCCAGAUUCUGGAUGGACGUUGUAAACGACGUCAAAUCAUUCCGGAAGAGAGUGAUCAAGGGCCGAACAGACAUAUCUGCUCGGAAUGUGGGAAGGGUUACGCGACGAGCUCUAAUCUGAGUCGACAUAAGCAAACCCAUCGGUCGUUGGACUCGCCGUACGCAAAGCCUUGUAAAUAUUGCGGACGCGUCUAUGUUUCAAACGCUGCCUUAGGGUGAGUUAAAACAUUUAACAUUUUUUACAUGUAUGAUUAUGAUGUGGGCAAAAGUCCAUUGGUUCUACCGAAAUUAAUGUUCCGUAAUGUCCCAGAAACCAAUUUUAUUGCACCUACCACUAGUUAAACCCAUUUUUUAUUUUCAGAAUGCAUCUCCUUACCCACGAUCAACAGCACAAGUGCGAGGAAUGUGGGAAGAUGUUCAGUCGGCGCUGGCUCCUCAAGAACCACAUGCGCUCCCACACGGGACAAAAGCCCUAUCGUUGUGCGCAUUGCGGCAAGGCUUUCGCGGACCGAAGCAACCUCAGGGCACAUAUGCACACCCACACUGGUAUGUUUAUAUAUUCACAGCUUUCAAUAUUUAUAAAAAGCGCAAUCACAGAAGUAAUUAGUCAAAUUAAAAUAGAAAUAGCCAAAGUAAAAGGGCCAUUUGAUUCGAAGGGAAGACUUGACCAUGAGUCAAGUGUUAUCCUCAAGCAAUCUAACCCAGGGGUGGUCAGUGGGCCGGGCCGGCCCGUGACGGGCCGGCCCGGCCCAAACGGGCCGGCCCGGCCCAAACGGGCCGGCCGGGCUCAAAAAUGGAAAAUUACAAACGGGCCGGGCCCGUCACGGGCCGGGCCGGGCCGGGCCGCGGGCCUGGGUUUUUUCCGGCCCGGCCCGGCCCGUCUAAAUUACAAUGCCAAACCGUUGGCAUUCAUUGUUUUCGCGCCGGGAAAAUUAAUUGAUGUUGUUAUAGUUGCUGUUUCUCAAGUUCUAAAACGUUUACAAGUCUAUAGUUCCAUUAUAAUACCACAAAACUAUCACAUUGAUCCUUUACUAGCUAUAUCAACGCCUUUUUUGCCUAAGUUUAGAUCCCAAGCUUGGGCGCAGUUCGCAGAACCCUCUAUAAACGGGCCUGCACGGGCCGGGCCGGGCCGGGCCUGGAAAAAGACUAGACGGGCCGGGCCGGGCCCGUAAUUAGACGGGCCGGGCCGCGGGCCGAAAAUCGGAAAAAUAGGGUCCGCUGACCACCCCUGAUCUAACCGGAUCUGACGGUAUCGACCGUUAUAUCCAUGUCUGCAGUAACCUCCGAACGCUUUACAUAGGGCAGUUUCAUAGAGGGAAAAACAUGACCAUGAGCCAAGUUUUACCCUCGCCUAAAACCUUACCGGAUGCCAGUCGAAAAAGACGACGGGCACAUUGAAUACUUUCCCCAUUGCUACAGUAACCCUAUUCCCGCAUAUUACGACUCAUAACUCAUUCCACAAGUCCAUAACUAAUCUCCUGCCCACUUGAUCAUGGCUUAACAUCAACAAUGUCAAAACUCUUUUUCCUUGUCAUGUCGCGGGGCUUACGCGAGUCAAAACGAUUGUCCUAUUCCGUGUCCGGCAAAUAUUUCAUGCGGCAAUUUCAAAUAGAGAAAUGUCAGAAACGGGCCAGGGGAUUCCGGUAAACGUUGAAUUGUAGACAAAUAAGUGGUGUGUUUGCGGAUGGCAUCGUCGAAACAAGUACAUAGUAUAGUCAGACGGAGAAGUAAAGUAUUCUUAAUACUUUAAGGAAAUUGUAAAUGAUAUUCUUAGGGAAAAGGAAACUUUUAAAGCAGUUUUGAUGACAAAAACACUAAAAGAACCAUGUUUUGGUACAAACACAGUUCGAAACGUAAAUUUAUAGGAAAAUAAACUUGUGUUUUACCAUAAAAUUUCAUUUUCAGGUGAGAAAAAGUACAAAUGCACCAGCUGUAACAAGAAUUUUGCCCUAAAAAGCUACCUCAACAAGCAUCUGGAGCAGGUUUGCGGUCGAAAGAAGACCUCUCCCGACCUCAGUGACUGCGAAACCAUGAGUAAUUUGAAUUCCGUUGACUUCAAAAUGGAUGAAGACGUCAUAGUUGACUAA